AUGCAAAAGAAGGGGGCAGGGCUAACAUCAAGACCUGAAACUGCAUGGAAUCGUGUACGUUGGGAUGAUUCAGAGUCAGCUUUCGAAAGUAGAAUACGAACAAGCGUCAUAUCCAAUCUUAAACAUAAGGAUCCAAGCUCUGUUUUGGAGGACUGCAAAGCUUUGUUCAGGAGACGUAUUAUUAACGCUUUAAAAAAGGACUUUGCAGUCAAGAAAAAAGAGGCCUGUAUAAAUAUUAAAAACAAUGAUGAGGCAUGCUUUGCGUGGGCAGUUACGUCAGCUUUGUACCCAGCAGCCAAAAAUUCGGAUCGUACAGCAGCAUACCCCCACUAUACAUCCGUCCUCAAACUUCGAGGAAUCCAAUGGCCUAUGACCAUGAAGCAGAUCCCCAGUUUCGAGAAGCAGAAUGGUCUCUCAAUUAAUGUAUACAUCUUGGAAAAGGAAAAGUCCAAAUUUACGGUCCUUCCUACUUACCUAACCAAAAAUAAUAAGGACAGACAUGUAAAUUUAUUGCUUAUUCAGGAUAGCUAUGAUGAGGACGCUCCUACAAAGCAUCACUUUUUAUGGAUUAAGAAUAUGUCCAGACUUCUCUCAAGUCAGCUAAGUAAGGAAUAUGGUCAAAAAUACUUCUGUGAUCGAUGUCUACAUUAUUUCCGUUCGCAAGAUAAACUUGCUAAGCAUAUUGAAAACUGUGUUAAAAUUAAUGAGACGGCCAUAAAGAUGCCUGAACCAGGGAAAAACAUUUUAAAAUUUAAAAAUUUUAGAAACAAGGAGAAGGCGCCUUUCAUCGUAUACGCUAAUUUGAAAAGUGUUCUGGAACCGACAGAUAACCCGAAGAAGCCACAACACCACGUUCCAGCUGCCAUUGAAUACUACAUGAAAUGUUCAUAG